AUGGAGGAGAAUACAUUUAUGAAGCAACUUUAUCUAAUGGAUCAUUGCAUAAAAGUUGGAGUUUCUAUGAUCAAAGUAUUUCCGAGCUUUAAUUUCUUGACUGUUAUUAACCUAAGUUAUACCAAACUAGAGAAUGAAGGUGCUAUAGCUUUUGUAAACGCUCUCAAGAGUUCUGCUCCAUCUCUUGAAGUUAUAGAACUGGCCGGUAAUAACAUAACUGAUGAGGCGGCUCCAGCUAUCGCCGCUUGUUUGGCAGCAAAGCGACAUCUGAAAAAGUUGAACUUGUCUCAGAAUGAUCUCGAAGACGAGGGAUGUGUUGACAUCGUAGAGAGUAUGGAAGACUUGGAGUUAGAAUAUGUUGAUAUGAGCUACAAUAAACUGACAAGAAGAGGAGCACUGAAUCUGGCUCAUAUUGUUGUCACGAAAGAAAGUCUCAAGAUGUUGAACAUUGAUGGGAAUAUGAUCUCUGUUAGAGGCAUUGAGGAAGUCAAAGAGAUAUUCAAGAACUUCCCUAAGUUACUUGGACCUUUGGAUGAGAAUGUGGAUGAUGAUGAUGAUGAUGAUGAUUUAAGAGAGAGGAAUGAUCUUGAAGAUUUUGAAGAUGAAUUUGUGAGUUAUUUUAUCUAUUAUUAG